UCACAACUUCCGUUAUUGAUUGCCCCACGAGAUGAGUUACAUGACGAGCGCGUCGAUGCCGCGGCCGACGCCCUUGGCCGUGCUACCCACGCUUCGAGUGAGCAUUCCCAUCAUGAAGGCGAACGACGGCACGUCUCUCUUUGCGCUCAAGACCAAGCAGCAAGGAGCGACUGUACCUGCCUGUCCUCCGCCGCGUUCGAAUCCUCACAUCGACUCGCUGUACUCCAUGCUACCUCCAUCGCAACACCAGCGAUACCUUCUCAAGAAAAGCGGAGCAUCCCGCGCCAAGGACAAGGACACUCGAAGCAAGGCCCGUCCAGGGUUCCGCAAGGGCAAGUGGACCGACGAAGAAUCCAAGUUUGCCGAGCAGAUGGCGCACUACUUCAAAGAAGGACUGCUUCCGCUGGAGAAAGGAACGAUGCUGCGCAUGUACCUCGCGGAAAAGCUCAACUGCGAGCCCAUGCGCAUCACCAAGAAGUUUACGGGCGACGAGUGCAUCGGCAAGCAGAUCUUCCGUCCGAUGCCAUGGUCCCCAGCCGUCGAACAGCGCAUCCAAGACGCUAUAACCGAUCUCGAAAGGCUGGAGAAGGCAUACCUGGCGCGGAUCGAAGAGAUGCCCAUGCACUGCAUGAGCACCAAGAUCGUUCGCAUUCAUGACGACAAACCUACGAAACGCAGCGCCAAGAAAGCGAUCCAGCCGUCCAGUCCUGCCGACGACGCAGUCCUCCAUGACCAUCAUCACACGCACGACGCGGCGAGCUUGUUGCUCGGGUUCUUCCAUCAAACCCAAGUCAAGGACCAGUCCCCGAGCUUCAGCGACGACAGCCCGUCCUCGAUGGUGUUGUCUCCCAUUGAAGAAGACAAGGCGGUGUACAGGUCCAAGCGCAAGUUCUCCAUCUCGCAUUGCGUCGCCGAGUAUGAAAUGUACAUGCAGCGCCGCCCUCGGAUAGACUCGUUCAGUUUGGUCUCGUCCAACUAGCAACCAUAUUUACAGUCAUAGGUUCGUCUAAUACUUCCUCUGUUCCAGGUUAGUGGUGCGGUGCCAUUUGCAAGUUACAGUGACCCCAAAAAUCGAUAUCAUAACCAAUUUUAAAACAGUUUAUUGUGUUAGAAAGAGAAUAAAAUAAAAGAGGGAGUCCACAUUUGGAUGGACGUACC